AUAUUUACUCAAUUGAUAUGGUAAAGUUCCAACAGGUUCGAAUAAGAUCUUCCCAGCAUAUUAUCAUUGGUUUCCCUCCCCCUUACUUAUAUUCCCCUGCAAACAGAUGAGCAUAGAUGGCCCUCUACAGGGAUCUACCAACACAUGUCUUUGAGAAUGCUGCAGCUAUUGGAUUAAAAAGUAAAAGUGCAGUUGAAAAUGAUUUUGUUUCUGCAUUUCUUCAAAGACAUUUGCCAGCUAAUCGCUUGCGGAAAGGGGAGGAUAAAGAACUCAAAUACAAAACUCAGAAUUUGGACAAAGUAAAGAAAAAGAAACCAGAAGUUAUAAACAAGAAAAGAAGAAAAGGAUUAACUUCUAGAGAAAGAAAGAAAUUAAAGCUCUUUGAUAUCAAGAAAGAACACCAAAGUUAUGAAAAAUAUAUUCCAAUGCACAAAAUAUGGAGAGAUUACAUACAUGAUGUCUUAAAUAUUAAAAGUGUAAAUAAGGAUAAUAUACAUGCUGCACAAGAAAGAUUAUUGAAGGCAGAUUUCCAUGGUAGCUGUUUGACAGUUCAAAGGUCGAAAUGCCCUUCUUAUGUGGGUGUUAAUGGCAUAGUGCUUCAGGAAACUAGAAACACAUUUAAAAUAAUUACACAAGAGGAUCAAGUUAAGUGUAUUCCAAAAAUAAACUCUGUAUUUGUAUUUGAAAUUGGUGGAUACGUUUUCACCCUUCAUGGAAAUCAGUUUUGUGUGAGGUCAGCAGAGAGGUGUACAAGGAAAUUUAAAUUAAAAGGAACUAUUGAGAUUUAGUAUUUUACUGGCAUGAAAUUAAAAUAACAUUUAUAAUUCUU